AUGGAUUUCAGUUCGUUCCUGACGUCUUUAGGGACGUCGUUUGUGAUAUUUUUGGUGCUCAUGUUCCUUUUCACGUGGCUUUCGAGGCGACCCGGGAACUUUGUGGUAUACUACCCGAAUCGGAUCCUCAAGGGUUUGGAUCCAUAUGAGGGAAUUCGGCUGACUCGGAACCCGUUCGCUUGGAUCCGUGAGGCUCUUGCCUCCACUGAAGCGGAUGUCAUCAACAUGUCCGGUGUUGAUUCUGCUGUCUACUUUGUCUUUCUCACAACUGUGUUAGGAAUAUUGGUUUUAGCUGGCCUUCUGCUUCUGCCUGUACUUCUACCAAUUGCUGCUACUUCUCCUGGAGUGAAGGCAGAUAACACCACCAGUGAAGGAUCUUUCAAUGACAUUGAUAAGCUGUCUAUGGGGCAUAUAGAAGUGAAAAGUCCACGGUUGUGGGCUUUUGUGGCAGCUACUUAUUGGAUAUCCUUUGUUGCAUAUUGCCUCUUAUGGAAAGCAUACAAACAUGUUUCUAACCUGAGAGCUGCAGCACUUAUGUCUCCUGAUGCCAAGCAUGAGCAGUUUGGUGUUCUUGUCCGAGACAUACCUCCUGUCCCUGAAGGUCAAACUAGAAAGGAGCAGGUGGACUCAUAUUUUAAAUCAAUCUAUCCCGACACGUUUUAUCGCUCAAUGGUGGUCACAGACGGUAAGAAGGUCAACAAAAUUUAUGAUGAGUUGGAAGGGUACAAAAAGAAGCUUGAACGUGCAGAAAUCAUAUAUGCAGAGUCAAAACAAACAAGUAGCCCAGAAGGAACAAGACCAACAACUAAAACUGGCUUCCUGGGUCUUGUGGGUAAAAAGGUGGAUGCAAUAGAAUACUAUGAUGAGAAGAUAAAAGAGUUGAUCCCAAAAUUAGAAGCAGAACGAAAGGUUACUCUCAAGGAGAAACAACAAUGCUCGGCUCUAAUCUUUUUUACCGACAGGGUAACUGCUUCAUCUGCUGCACAAAGUCUACAUGCCACAAUGGUCGACACAUGGACAGUUAUGAAUGCUCCUGAACCUCGCCAGUUAAUAUGGACAAAUCUUCCCAAAAACUUUCACGAGAGAGAGAUGCGUCAAUAUGUCAUUUACUUCAUCGUGUUUUUGACCAUAUUCUUUUACAUGAUACCAAUUGGGUUAAUUUCUGCAUUAACUACCCUGGAAAAUUUGAAGAAGCUUCUCCCAUUUUUAAAACCAGUUGUGGAUCAGAAAGAAAUCAAGACAGUUCUAGAGGCAUACCUGCCUCAGCUUGCACUUAUCAUAUUUAUGGCUCUUCUGCCAAAGUUUCUUUUGUUUCUAUCCAAGAAGGAGGGCAUCCCUACACAGAGUCAUGUAGAAAGAGCUGCUUCUGGAAAGUUCUUCUAUUUUUCAGUGCUAAAUGUAUUUAUUGGUGUUACAAUCGGUUCAACACUUUUCACUACAAUGAAGGUCAUUCUAAAGGAUACUGGCAAAAUUGUCCCUUUACUAGGAGCAAGUCUCCCAAAAAGUGCUACUUUCUUCUUGACCUUUGUGGCUUUGAAGUUCUUUGUUGGCUAUGGGCUUGAGUUGUCACGAAUAGUUCCAUUAAUAAUAUUUCACCUAAAGAAAAAGUACUUAUGUAAGACUGAAGCCGAACUAAAAGAAGCUUGGGCUCCGGGACAUCUUGGAUAUGCAACUAGAGUUCCUGGUGACCUGCUGAUUCUCACAAUUGUUCUUUGCUAUUCUGUAAUAGCACCUCUAAUUAUUCCGUUCGGUGUAGUAUACUUUGGCUUGGGAUGGCUUGUUCUUCGGAAUCAGGCACUUAAAGUUUACGUUCCUUCGUACGAGAGCUAUGGAAGGAUGUGGCCCCACAUGUACAAGCGCAUUAUGACCACCGUGAUCCUAUUUCAAGCAACAAUGUUGGGUUACUUUGCAGUGAAGCAGUUUUACUACACUCCCAUUUUGAUUCCCCUUCCAAUUUUGUCCUUCAUCUUUGUGUUUAUUUGCCAAAAGAAAUUCUAUCGGUUUUUCCAAUCCACAGCGCUUGAAGUUGCUUCUCGUGAAUUGAAAGAAAAGCCGAAUAUGGAAGUAGUCUUCCAGUCAUUCGUUCCACCAAGCUUGAGUUCUGAAAAGGGUGAUGAAGAUCAGUAUGAAGACGCGUUAUCUCAUGUUUCGAGAACCGGUUCUACAGUUUGA